UAUGGAUGGUGAAAUGGCAUGUGCAGACUUGAUGCUUAGGGGCUUGCCGCCAGAUCGCUCAGACUGUGGAACUCAGAGAUGUCGAAUGGGACCGGCUCACAUGAGCCGGCGAGGACUGAACAUUGGGUCUCCUCUCCUCAUCACCGUCCAAGGGGCGUCCUGUCUGUGUACAGCCUGGCCCCGGAGGGACCGGGCAGAGGGAUACCUGCAGGUCGACGCCAAAUGUGCUUCACCUGACUUCAGCACCGAACACGCGUCUCUGAGCUCAGCGCGGAUGAAACCCGUACACUGUCCUAAGCUGAAAUGCUUGAAGGUGAUUGUGCUUGUUCACAGCACAGAAUACAAGAAACACACAUCCAAAGACACAGUUCGUGAACUUGUCAAAGAAAUGUUAAGAGGACUGUAUGUGUAUGAGAAGCAUUGGGUUAAUGUUGGUGAUGCGGGAACCGAAGUGAAAUUCAUUGUUAUUGAAAAUGUGAACUCAGGCUCUAACAGAGCCGGUUUAGUCACGGCUCAGACCUGUUUGGAAAUAGGAACCAUACACACGGUACAGCAGUACAGAGGCCAGCUGCAGGACACAGGACACAUCUCACUGGGAGGGAUGGAUGACAUACACGCGUCACUUAUGGAAAUCAUAAACUUACCUGUCCGUUACCCAGGAUCACUGAGAAAAGUCGGCGUCCCCUGUCCCAGGGGCGUGCUCCUCAUCGGGCCCCCGGGCGUGGGGAAAACCACGCUGGUGAGAAGCGUGGUCAGAGAGGUGGGGGCAUUUUUGGUCACCGUCAACGGGCCGGCGAUUCUGGGCUCCAGGCCCGGAGAGAGCGAGGAGAACCUGCGGAGGAUGUUCCGGCAGGCCAGAGAGGCGGCCGAAGAGGGACCGUGUGUUCUUUUCAUCGACGAAAUAGACUCCCUCUGUCCGCGGCGAGCAGGCUCCUCCAGCGCGCCGGAGAACAGGCUGGUCGCCCAGUUGCUGACUCUGAUGGACGGAAUUGGGAGUGAAGAUUGUUUUGUCAUCAUUGGUGCAACCAACCAACCAGACAGGCUGGACCAAGCCCUAAGACGCCCGGGCAGGUUCGACCGAGAGGUUAUCAUAGGUGUUCCAACGCUUAAACAGAGGAGAUCCAUUUUAGGCUCUCUGAGUGAGCAGAUGCCUGUCUCCAGCAGUGUGGACCUGACAGCCUUGGCAGAGGUGACCUCGGGAUAUGUAGCAGCGGAUUUGAGUGCCCUCUGUAGGGAGGCUGCGUUACAAGCAAUUCUGCACCCUUCUCAGGAUUCUGUCAGUCAGGUGGUAGACCAGGGUCACUUUCACCAGGCCCUGAGGAGGGUGCAGCCGUCCUGUCUGAGAACCAGCCUGGGUGUGACUGAUCUCAGACCAGUCUCCUGGGAGCAGAUCGGUGGGCUGGAGGACGUCAAACUCAAACUCAAACAGAGCAUAGAGUGGCCCAUGAAAUUUCCGGAGGCGUUCGUCCGGAUGGGCCUGUCCCGGCCGCGGGGAGUUCUGUUGUACGGACCUCCGGGCUGCGCCAAGACCACCCUGGUCAAGGCGGCGGCCACGUCCUCACGCUGCUCUUUCCUGUCUGUCAGCGGCGCCGACCUCUUCUCUCCGUUUGUGGGCGACUCAGAGAAGGCCCUGGCUCAGCUUUUCAGACAGGCCCGGGCCUGCUCUCCUUCCAUCCUGUUCCUGGAUGAAAUCGACAGUAUCGUGGGUUCCCGUGCAGACAGCAGGGUUCCACACAGCGUCCAGGCCAAGGUUCUGUCGGUUCUGCUGAAUGAACUGGAUGGUGUUGGACUGAAGAGUGUGGAGAGGAGGGGGGCGGGGCAGAGAACCUGCCAGACAGACGGACUCCCACAGAACCCCCGAGACACACAGAUGGAAUACCAGGAGGUGUGCAACACGGGCGUGAUGCUGGUCGCUGCGACGAACAGACCGGACGCUUUGGACAGCGCUCUGCUGAGACCGGGCAGACUGGACCAGAUCAUAGACGUGCCUCCACCUGACACAGAGGCCCGACUGGCGAUCCUGCAGGUCUGCACCGAGAGGAUGGCCCUGGACCCAGACGUGUCCCUCGGGGAGCUGGCCGUCCGGACCCAGUGGUUCUCGGGGGCUGACCUGGAAAACCUCUGCAAAGAGGCGGCUCUGCUGACCCUUCAUGAGGAAGGCAUGGAUGCUCCAACAGUUCAACACAAAUACUUUAUGAAAGCUCUGCAAACUAUGAAGCCCUCCCUUGAUCCCCAGCAAAUGGAGCAACAUCACCAACUUUUCAUCUGA